UGCAUAAUCUACAACACCAACCUGGACAAGGUUCACAGCAAAACCACUCCGCACACACUAGAUGAGGUUUGACACUGUCUAUUACAAAGAAGAACAGAUACAGAUAUCAAGCCGACUGAAGUACAAAAAUAUUUGCUAAAAAAACAAAUAAAGCUCAAAAAAUCCAAGGAGGUGAAAAUAAAGAAUAAAAGGAAAGGCAGAGAAGAUGAUCUGCAAAUUUGUCACGUUUCUCCUACUGCUUUUGCAAGGAGUCAGCAGCAACACAGAUUGGUCAGAGACACAGUGUGUUGUAAAGCUGAAAGUGCCACGGCAUACAGUGUUUAAAGCUUCUGUUAAAACAGAGCUGAAGAUAAACUGUACUGUAACUCAUUAUGGAUGUCAGAGGAUCCUAAUAAUCUCUUGGUGCAAAAUCUAUGGAGAUGGCUGCAAAGCUUUAAAUCAUUCAGAUGUCAUAAAAACUGAAUGGAAGAAUACAGCAGAGCAUGAAGGAAUGGCUUUCCUGAUUUUUCAGAAAAUCUCGAUGGAGGAUGCAGGUUUAUACAGAUGUAAAGAAAGCGACAUGUCUAUUAGCCAUUUAAUUAAUGUUACUGUAAUGGUUCCAUCUGUACUGAAUCCAGUGCCAGAUGACAAUCUGCAGUGGUUAUGGCCAUAUCUGUACAUCUGCAGUGUGAUAUUGGGGCUGGUGAUCAUCAUGACUCUAUUACUAGUUAACAUUGUUCAACACACAGGGAGAAAAUCAACAAACAAAUGUGGCAAAACAAAUCAGUACUUGGCAAAGCAGAGGAGCGACCUGCUUCUUCCUCCUCAUCUCUGUCUGGACUCUGAUCUGUUGACCACUGUAGUAUACAGUUUCCAUUCCUGGGACAUUUCAGAGCAACAGCAGUCUAUGUAGAGAAGGUUUUGAAAGCCUGAAAACAUUUUGAGGCUGACUUUUUGUGAUUAAACAUUUAUCAUGCAAAGACCCAUAUAUGUUAACUUCAAUGACAUUCAU